UCAGUCUACUGUACUUUAUUCAAUAGUUAAUGGACUUUUGGAGAUUUUAAUUUACAAACUGAAGAAAAUGUUUGUUAUUUACGUUCUUUUGAAAAACUUCCACAGUCAGACUCCCACUGGCUGGAAGUGUUUUCUCUCUAUGUUCAUCGUCUGACGUCAUCCGCAGCUUUUUCUUACUGAGAUUCACUUGAGCGCGUCAGACUAGAGAACAAAGAGAAGGGAAAGAAGACCAACUAACAGGGAGGCUUGAGUCUGUGUCGGAUGUGGACAUGGCCAGGUUGGAUGUUACAGAGACUUUUCAUGGAAUCUCAUUUCCGGGACACCUGCACACACAGGAUUCUUUACAGGGCGCUCUGAAGUUCCAGUUUCAAGACACGGAUAUCCUCAUCGUUUCUUAUCCAAAGUCAGGGACGACAUGGAUGCAGGAAAUUGUGACCCUCAUCCUCAGCAGGGGGGACCCACACUUGUCCCGGACCGUGCCAAACUGGACCCGCACUCCAUGGCUGGAGCAGUACUAUUUCACUGCCAUGCUGCAGGCUUCACCCACCACGCCUCGAGUCAUCACAACACACCUGCCGCAUCACCUGCUGGGCCCCGCCCUCCAGGGCUCCAAAGCCAGGGUGAUUUACGUGAGCAGAAACCCAAAAGAUGUUGUGGUCUCGUUUUAUCACUUCCAUAAAAUGGCCAACUUUCUCCCAGAGCCUGGCUCAUUUCCAGAGUUUUUGACUCGCUUCUUGGAGGGCAAAUUGGACUUUGGCUCCUGGUUUGAGCACAUCAAAGGCUGGACUGCUCGGGAAGCAGCUCUCAAUCUGCUCCACGUCACCUUUGAACAAAUGUCAAUGGACCUCCGCGGCGCCAUCGAUAGCGUGAGCGUGUUCCUGCAGUGUGGUCUGCAGGAGGAGGAACUCAGCAGCUGUGUGGAGCACAGCAGAUUCUGCAGCAUGAAAGACAACAAGAUGAUCAACUACAGUCUCGUCCCUGAGGAGAUCAUGGAUCACAGCAAGGGCUCCUUCAUGAGAAAAGGUCAGAUUGGAGACUGGAAAAGCUUGUUCACUGAGGAGCUUGAUCAAUAUUUUAAGGGGGUCUUCAAAUCCAAGAUGCUGGACUGUGAUUUGGAGUUUGUGUGGGAGAAUGUGGAGGAAGAAGAGCCACACUCCUGAAGGCAAUCUGAAGAUGAAUUAUACUGGAGAUCGUGUUUGUCCUUCUUGUGAGUCCUGAUUAAACAUGAUGGUCAAGCGCA